CAAGUGCGUGCGCGCGCGUGUGUGCGCGCGCUCGCGCGUAUAUAUAUACGUAUUAUCACGUUGCGCACAGGUCGUCGGCGUGUCGCAACUAUUAUUACUACCGUUGUAUUCGAACGUUUGCGUGUCGAUUCGCUCGAGUCGAAGCAGCAGCGUUCACGCGCGUACACGCAGCACACCGGUUCGUCGAUCGAUCACCGGGACCGCCGAUCGCGUCGCCACAACCGUCGUCGGUUCUGCUCGCAACCGCGUGAACAACCGUCAGUCGUCGUCGAGUUUGCACGCGGCCAGAGACCAGUGGUGGAUCUCGGGCGAGCGACGGAAAUAAAUACGUUUCGAAUUCGACCGUCGAACGCCGUCGGGUCCGUUCAGCAGCCGGGACGGGUACGGGACGGAAACAAACGCGUAUUACUACGUUUGGACAAUCGCCCGCGGAGACGACGUGCGAUGGAAGUCGACGCCGAAGGGCCCGUACUGAGAAUGGGAUCCGGAUACGCGCUCCGGUUCGAGGACGAUUCGGAUUUCGAGGAAGCGUUCUUGGAGCGCGCGAAAAACGACUUGGGCGAGACGCCGGAGCGGCGGGCCGAAGGUCUCGAGGAACUCCGCAGGCUCAUCAGAGAAGAGAAAAACCUCUACUUGCCCACUGACGAAUCCACAGAACUGUAUUUGUUAGCCUAUUUGAGAGUCUGCAAAUUCUUCCCAGAGAGUGCGUUCAAAAGAGUGAAAAAUUUAUACAAAUUGCGUCAGAAAAAUCCUAAGUACUGUAACGACCUUCUACCGAGCUUGGAGCGAAAUGUCUUUGCACAAAAUAUUCUGACCGUUUUGCCAAACCGUGACCAAUACGGAAGGCGAAUACUUCUCACAGAAAUUGGACAGAGAUGGAAAGUGAAAAACUGCUCGCUAGUCGAAAUAUUCCGAGGUAUCGAGCUAGUGAUGGAAGCGGCCAUUCUUGAGCCAAGAACUCAAAUAUCGGGCACUGUACUGUUGGUGGACUUUGUUGGGCUGUCCAUCAACCAAGUGUGGCAGUUUACGCCGAAUUUCGCCAAAAUGGUUCUGGAUUGGAUACAGUACUCGAUGCCGGCUAGACUUAAGGAAGUCCAUAUCAUAAAUCAACCAUACAUAUUCAAUAUGGUAUUUGGAAUGUUUAAACCAUUUAUGCAAGAGAAGUUGAGAAAUCGAAUGUUUUUGCACGGUUAUGAUAAUUCGUCGUUGCUAGAGCAUUUGGAUGCCAAAUGUUUACCAACUAAAUACGGUGGUCUCAUGGACAUUGAAACCAACCAAGGCAUAGAUUUAUGGAAUUUACUGUGUUAUUACGAGGGAAACUAUCAAGUUUCAAAUGAAUUUGGUUACAAAAAGAAGAAAUAAAUCGGAACUCGUGAAUAUCUGUUGACUGUUGUACAAGCACACGUUUUUUAUUUUAUUUCAUGUUAUUCAUACUAAUUAAAUAUUAAUAUUUUAAUAAUUCGUUAUUGGGUUAUGAUCCAAAAAGUAUACAGUAAUUUUGUGAAUAUCUAAUUCGAUUGUUAUGUGUUUAUUUAAAUAGUAUAUAUAUUAUAUUUAUUAUAUCAUAGUUAUAUACAUCCAUCUAAACACCCAGGCAAUGAAUAAAUGAACUCAUUAAAAUUAUCAUC